CAGUGUGCCUUGAGAGGGGCAACCAGGUUACGGGAAGCGUCCGACGGAGCUCGAGCCAGGAGGAAGACCCUAGGGACACGGGAGGGACACCGGUUUGCGGGGAUUCGGACCCGUCGUCAUGCUUCGCCCCAAGGCCCUGACCCAGGUACUAAGUCAAGCUAACACCGGAGGCGUUCAGAGUACACUGUUGCUGAACAACGAGGGUUCCCUGCUGGCCUAUUCUGGUUAUGGGGACACCGAUGCUAGGGUCACCGCAGCCAUCGCUAGCAACAUCUGGGCCGCCUAUGACCGGAACGGGAACCAAGCCUUCAACGAAGACAAUCUCAAAUUCAUUCUCAUGGACUGCAUGGAGGGCCGAGUGGCGAUCACUCGGGUGGCAAACCUGUUGCUGUGUAUGUACGCCAAAGAGACUGUGGGCUUUGGAAUGCUGAAGGCUAAGGCCCAGGCCCUGGUCCAGUACCUGGAGGAUCCCCUCACCCAAGUGGCAGCAUCAUAGCAGUCCGAGGGGAUAAUGGGCUUGAGAUAAAGGGGGGGGGAUGAGGGUGGAGGGCUAACCCUGUGGUAGGGGCAGGGCUCUCAGGAAAUCUUUCUUGAGGUCUGAAGGGAAAGUUUUCUAAUCUCAUUGAAUAAACUAUUUAACAUCUGU